AUGAAACGUUCAUAUGGAGAAGGAAUUGAAAAUCACAGUAUUAAAAAAUAUUUUAAAAAGGCAUCUGAAAAUGAAGUCAUCUUGACGAGAAUGUCUACAAAUGAUGUCGAUUCGUCAAAUGAUUCAUUAUCAUUAGCAACUAAUACACAAUCAAUUGUAUUUCAAAACAUUUCAAAUAAAGAUGAAACAAUUGUAGAAUCAAGCACACCAAUGAUUGAAAAUAGAGAUUUAGUCCGAAGUGGUGAACAAACGAAUGAAUCAACAGCAGAAAUAUCAAGUACAAGUUCUUUGGAAAUGAUACCAUCAACAACAACCACCAAUGUGGUCAAUAAUAAUCAAUAUUCUUUCGAUGUCGAUCAAAUUGGUGUAAAGCUUCGUCUAAUUGAACAAUUAAUAGGUUCAUGCCAGGAUUUAAUUAAACAAUCAACAUCCAUCGAUUUAUGCAUUGAAACUUUUGCAAAAAAUUCUAAUGGUUUUGCUGAUGCACUUAUUCAAGCUGGUACUGAAUUAAAUUGUUUGUGUACAAAUAUUGUAUCAACAAUUGAAUCAAAUCGAAACAAAAUUACAAUAACUGAACGUGAAGAAGAUAAAAUGGUUAAUCGAGAUCCAGGAAAAUUAGAUACUCAUUUUUCAUCUGUCACACAUAGAUCGAGUGUCGAACGUUAUUUAAACUAUAAAACAAAAAACGUGAAUAUUGAUUUAAUGUUGGAUAGUAGUCGACGUAAAGCAAAUCAAGAACAAGAAUCAAUUUUACAAUUAAAUAAGCAGGUGAUAGUAACAUUACUUGAUUCAGCUCGUUAUCUGGUAAAACAAGGUUUGGCUUUCAGAAGAGAACCAGAGAGUCAGGGUAGGAACCGAGAACCAAAGGCAGUACGCUUUAACGUAUUUUACACAUUUUUUGCGGUAGGAAACUUUAUUCAACUUAUCAAUCUUCUACGUCGAAGUAACAUCACAUUGAAUGAUUGGUUUUCACAAGCUAAAUUACAAAAAUAUCAAGUAUCAUAUAUGAGCAAAAGAUCCCAAGAUGAAUAUAUACAAUUAUUAGGUGCUGCAAUUGAACAUCAAAUUGUCAAUGAAAUAAAUCACUCGCCGUUUAUAUCCAUUUUGAUCGAUAGUACCCCAGAUUUGUCACAUCGAGAAAUGUAUUCCAUUGUCAUUCGAUAUACAUAUAAUUAUCAAGUAAAAGAACGUUUACUCUCAUUGCAAGAAUUAGCAAGCAAAGUAGGUGAAGACAUUUGUCAGUUAUUAUUAGAUACAUUAGGUCGAAAAGGUAUAUCAACAGACAAAAUUGUUGGGCAAUGUUAUGAUAACUCACCCAACAUGAGUGGUGUUAACAAGGGUGUACAAGCAUGUAUCAAUAAAAAGUUAAAUCGACAAAUAAUGCAUAUACCAUGUGAAGCUCACAGCUCAAAUUUAGCUGUGGAACAUGCCUGUGAUUGUUCAACUGAAUUCGUCAAUUUAUUUAUGUUUUUAGAAGAAUUAUACAACUUUUUUACGUCUAGUGUGAAACGGUACUAUGUUCUUCGAGAUGCACUUGAAAAAUCAACAUUUGGUUUAACAGUAAAGUCAUUGUCAGAGACACGAUGGAACGCAAAUUAUGAGUCUCUUCAUUGUGUUGUUGAGUCACAUCAUGAAAUUCUUGAUUGUUUAGAGUCCAUUGAAUCGAUUGAAUCAAAAGAAUUUGAUAAAGAAACAAAAGCUCAAGCUAAAAACAUUAGAAAUAAACUAAUGUCGUACGAGUUCGUAGUGUUAUUGAAGUUUAUGGUCCAUGUUACACGUACAACUAAUUCCUUAACAAUCCAUUUACAAACAAAAGAACUGGAUAUAUUAUCAUCAUUGGAAUUAAUGACAAAUACAAAUAAAUUGAUUCAAAAAAUGAGAAAUGAUGAUGAAGCAUUGAAGAGUAUUUUGUUGAUUGCUGAAAAAUUGGUAGAACCUUUUAAUAUUGAUAUUGAUCAGGAAUUCAAUCGAUUACAUAGACUUCGACAACGAUCACGACGAAUAGAUGAAAAUCCAUUAACAGCAGUACAACUUACUAGAGAAGCGUUUUAUGUCAAACUAUUUCGACAAAUAUUAGAUCAUUUAUAUGUAGCUUACAAUGAUUAUUUACAAGUCAUGACUGAAAAAUUACGUUAUUUCCAUAAUUUAACACCUAAUCGUAUUCAACAACUAACAAUAAAUGAUUGUAAACAGAUGUAUAAAAUUGUACCAGGAUUAUCAAGUGAAGAUUUAUUAUUUACAGAAUUUGAAUUAUUACGUGAUUCAAUUGAACAGUGUGAAAAUAUGGAGAAUGUUGUAGGACUGCUACAAAAGUCUGGUCAUUUAUAUCCACGUGUUGCAAAGGUGUACAAUUUCUUGUUUACCCUCCCAAUCACAACAGCAACCAAGGAACGAUGUUUUAGUAAAUUAAAAUUGAUCAAAAACCACUUGCGUACAACAUUAAAAAACGAAAGAAUCGAAUAUUUAAUUUUAUGUUCUACUGAAAAUGACUUAUUGGAUGAUUUAGAUUUAACAAAAUUAGCAGAUGAAUGGGUACGAUACUUUUUGUCUUUGUUUGCUUAUAAUGCAAUCGAACGAAACACAUUUGAGUUAAUUUUUACAUUUGCUUCAUUUUCGACUGUUUUAGGCACAAAUGAAAGAUCGAAGAGUCAAAAUUGGUCAAACGCAAAAUAAGUGAAAAUUAUCAAUGGACAGUAUCACAUGAGGGGUUUUUUAUAUUUAGUAUAUGUGGUGGUUUUCUUAUUUUUUGUUUUAUGAUUGUGAUUGUACAUACUUUUUAAACUGUAAUUGAACUUUGCUUUUUUUUCAAACACGAGUGAACAGAUGAAUAUAAAUAGUUUGUCCUUUAUUGGUUCAUAAACACACUUUCUUCUAGAAGAAAAUUUAUUGUAAAGAGUAGACACUACCUUCGCUGAAAAAUUCAAUUUACAACCCCCCAAAGUUUCGGUAGUCGGGCCAGCCCUGG